AUGGCUCGACGCGUGGACCUUUCACAGCCAGCACCCUUUGAUGUUCGUUCGUCUAGGGCAGGGAUUGCCUGGCCAAAAUGGAGGCGGACAUUUGAGUAUUACCUGGCAGCAUCAGGAGUCUCAGCAGAUGGUCAGAAGCGGGUCCUUCUACUACACUGUGCUGGACCAGAUGUUCAAGAGUUAUAUGAGACACUGGUAGAUGAGGAUGAGCCUAAAUAUGAGACAACGAUGACGGCCCUAACGAAAUAUUUUGAGCCCCGGAAAAAUGUAGUAUUUGAGAGACAUGCCUUUGGACAAGCAGUUCAAAGUGAUGGAGAGACUGUCGAUGAAUAUUGCACUAGACUGCGUCUCACUUCACGAAGGAAGCUACUCAGGACAGAUAACCUGAAACUGGAUGACUUGCUAUCGAUAGCAAGAUCAACUGAAUCUGCAGACCGACGGGCUGGAGUGAUGGAGGCCUCGGGAAGAACUUCGGAAUCUGCGUGUGUGAUUAAAGGAGGACCAGUGAGACAGCCUAAUCGCAGUGACAGGCAAGGAAGGCAACCAAAAACAUCAGAGAGUGUGAACAAUCAAGACAUUAUAUGCGGGAACUGUGGAAUAUUGGGACGUCGACCAGGAGAUCGAGGAUGCCCCGCCCAAAAUCGUGAGUGUCUUGUUUGCAAACGGGUAGGUCAUUUUGCACGAGUUUGCCGUUCGAAACUGAGGUCUGGUGGUUUGAGCUCGAGACAAGCUCCUAUCAAUCAUGUCACCAACAACGAAUUUGCUGGGAUUGGGGACGGUGCAAACUUGGCUGCGAAGACGAGUGACAAUUUGAUUGAGACCUUCAACUCAGAUGAGGACAAUUUAAUGUUCAGCGUGAGAGAGGAGGGGAAUGCCCUUCCUAAGAGAUCGAUUAUGGUGAACAAUGCAAAGAUCAAUACCCUUGUUGAUUCGGGAUCGUCAGUAGACAUCAUUGAUGAGCAUACUUUUAGCUGGAUGAGAGGCCGGUGCUCACCACUCCGGUUGACCCCCAGUCGCAUGAGAUUAUACGCGUAUGGAAGUCGCAGCCCACUUCCGCUCCUAGGACAAUUCUUAGCUAAAGUGUCGACAGCGUCAUCGUCGACCACGACUCGAUUUGUGGUAGUGCGAGGCAACAGCGGAUGCGCACUCAGUCGGAAGACAUCAACAGAGCUCGGACUGAUACGCUUAGCGGGAGGUGCUCAGAUACAGGAGCAGCACAUUGAUAAUUAG